AAUCAAUCGCACAGGGCGGGAGAUCGGAGAAACUGCGCAUUCCAUUUUAAGAGACAAGCUAAGCAGCUUUUCCUGGGGCGAAUGCUAUUGAAUCUAUUGUUCGGUGAUGCAAAGAGGACCCGCCGGCCGCAGUAUGAUGAAUUUUUUCAAUUCAUUGUAUAUGAAGGAAUUGAGCGUUGGUCACUGGUGGCGCACGGAUCCGGAGUGGAGCGGCUGCGGGAGGAUUUCGAAUUUCGGUGACGGUGCUAGGCGGGGGAGACGGCGAUUUGAGGUUCGGUCUGGUUUUCCGUUUGGGGAGAAAGAAAAUUGAAGGAAAAUUGGGAGAGGAUUUGUAUUUACUCUCUACUUAUUGCUCUAUUGUCCUCUGUGUGCUUUGUUCUGUGAGGUAGCUAACGGGUAUUUGUGUGGUAGACGAGUGAAAUGGAAAAGAUUGGAGAUGGAGCUAUGGCGGUGGUUGCGAGAGAUGAGAUCCAAUGGUGGUUUCAGGGAAGGAGAAGAGCAGAUUGCGAGGUAGGUACGAGUCAACCAUUGCUGAAAAGCAGCGAAUGACGAGAAGCAGAAAGUGACAUAUGGAGUUUGAGUGAAAGAACAUAGUGAAAGCUAGCCAUGGAGAAAAAACACGGAGAGCAGGCCAGGACCGGUGGAGUGUUCUCGGGGUAUUCGCGCCGAGAAGACUAAUAACGGCGGUCAGCAUUGUUUUGCCUUCUCUAAAUCAUGUCGUUUACGAUAUUUCACCGCCCGUUGUCUAUAUCGUAGAAUCCAUUACAGAAUCUGGAAGUACGUGAAUUCAACAUCUUCAUCCAUGGUAGAUGACAGACACGUUGUCUUUUGACAUAAACUAAGAAACAUAAGAGUGUUCUUGAAAUAUGCUAACUAAGCAUUCCUGUUCAAGAUUUCCCAAGCGAAGUGGCAAAUUGCGGCAGCAAAAAAGACAAAAGGCCCGAUUCUUUCAAUGUUUUUCGUUAGUCUCUAUGGUGAAGCAUGAAUUGGGUAUUAUGAAUACGUGAAGGAUAGAGUUUCUGCAACUUGAGUUAGCAGGAAAUUUCUGAAAGUAAUUCGAGCGAAGUAGAGUGCUCAUGUAUAUGACAACGAUGAUUAGAAAACGAAGGGACAUAAGCAAAAAGAGCGUUGUUGUUCUCUUGGAGGGAAUCAAGGUUGGUGCAGGGAAGACGAGUAUGUCCCCUCUGUGGAAAGCUAUGGAGGAAGCAGUUUAUCCGGAUGAUGAGAUUCUGGUUCUCACCCUUCUGUAUGUGAAACCAUCAUUGGCGGUUGACAACAACAGAGAGAAUUCCUACAUCAAGUUUCUUCACCAAAUCAUCAGUCAGAGAAAGGAUGCAUACCUGCAAAUUUUCAGGCCUUUUUAUGAAACAUGCAAAAGAAAUGGCGUGAAGCUUCAUGUGAAGAUUGCAGCAGGAUUCCAGCCAAAAGAUAUCAUUGUUGAGGAGGCAACAAAUGUGCAUGCCACUUCGAUCAUAAUAGAUAGCAAAGAUGGUCGACUCAGAUGUAAAUUAAGGAUUUCUAGCCAAUGGUGCUUUUCAAGAGACCUGACUUUCAGACUGAGCGGCACAGAAUGCAAUGUGAUCUUGGUGGGUGAUGAUGAGGAGACCAUACCACAGAAUGGCCUCUGGAAUGAUGGACCUAAAGGUUUGUUAGUCAUGGAAGAUACACAAAACCCAAAGUCUCCAAAGCUAAGGAAGGGAUCAAUAUUGACAGAGGAGCCACUUGACUUGCCAUCCUCUGCUUUUCACCCUUGCCCUCCAGCUGAUCCUCUGCCAAGUGUGACCAAAGAAGGUGAGGAGGCCAUGCCUGAGCAGUAUGAGAAAGUUGAAACUAUAACAAAAGUGGUGCGACCAACAAAGGAGACAGCAUUGUACAAUACUAUUGCCCCAAGAAAGGUGUAUGAGGCCAAUGCUGUGCUAGGACUUCCUUUGGACCUAAGCUGGGAAGUAAUUGUGGAUAUGACAUGUGGGUUUAUUUCAAGGGCUUUCUGCGGGAAAAUGAAGAAUUGCAUGGCUUAUAUUGGCCACUUAGAGCAUCACAAUUUUGUUAUAGUAAAGCGAUUGAUAGGUGAUUCAAUCAGCAUUUUUGAAGCAGAAAAGAGAGCGGCCCUAUCUCUGUCUCAUAGGAACAUACUGCAUUUAAUUGGUUACCACCAGAGUCAACACGCUACAAUUUUAGUAUUUCCCCUGUUGAGGGAAGGAACAUUAGACAAAUACAUUUGCGGCUUGAGGGGAAGAAGGUCAGAGUUGACAUUUCAACAAAGGAUGAAGAUUGCAAUGGGUGUUGCCCAAGGACUCCGGUAUAUGCAUGAGGAGUGUCCUGGAGGGCCUGUUGUUCAUGGUGACUUGCAGCCAAGCAACAUUCUUCUGAGACAUGACUUACAGCCACUGAUCUCUGGCUUUGCACAAGCUACAUGGCUUGUUCAUCUCGUACAGGCAUCACCAAUAGCCAUCAAAAAGCUCUGGUCCGAGGAUGAUCUAGUGCAUGAAACAAUAGAGCUUGUUAAAUCCGAUGUCUUUUCUUUUGGAGUUCUGCUCUUGAGGCUUUUCUGUGCAAAAUCAGCGCCAGAGGAGGAUGGAAGUUUGGUUAAGUGGGCUCGACCUUUAAUGCUCCAGAGAAAAUUCCACAAGCUAAUCGAAGAAGAUUCAGAUAAGCCAGACAUGAUUGAGAUUUACAGAGUGAUGGCUGCAGCCACCAAGUGCACUGGAACUAAGCCAAAUACUCGACCCUCCAUGAGCCAGGUGAUUUGCUUACUUAGAGGAGAAGACUUCUGCACCAUGCAAUCAUCUCCUUCUGAUGUCAGUUUAUAGAGAAAGAGAAAGAGAGAGAAAGAGCUGAAUUACCUGUCUAGCUUCCAACUUCUACCUGUAUAAAAGCACUUAUUUGAGGACAUGAAUCCCAUGACAAGUUAUAGCCUAAA